UCGCUCCGUAAUAAUUUCUUAAACUUCCUGAAAAAAUGUAAACAGAAAAUACGCAAUACGCAACAAAAGACUUGUGUGGUACAACAGAAGCUUAAAUUUUUUUCGAAAAUAAUGCCAUACUUAGGUCGGGAUUGGCGAUCUCCCGGAGAUGAAUGGGUUCGGACAGGGAAAGGAUGGGAGAAACUGAAAUUGUGGCGUGUAAAAGUGUUCGAAAACCUGAAUUCGCACUGUCUUGCAAGGAUACUGCGAAUGGCCCUCGAAGAAUGGGACACGUGCUAUGACGACUUACACAACGUGCACAGACCUUACAUCCGGUAUAUUCGUGCGACGUCACGUGAACAAAAGGUUCUUACUAGUAUUAGUGAGGCAUUUGUACACCUGGACAUGUCAACUGCAGGAAAAGAUCUGAGGAGAUUCAACUAUGUUAACAAGCUGCUUAAACUGCUAGUGUGUGACAAGAUUGCAUUUCUUAGUGGGGCUGUGCAAAAACAUAUAUUUGGUAUCAUGGAAGAAAUGGUCAGUGAUGUUAUUCGAUCUCAGAACAAUGUGACUGAAAUGCGUCGCCUUGUAAAUUUUGCUGCACGAUCAUUAAACGAACAUCGUACAGAUCACAUUGCAGAAUUCACAUUAUUCAUCUCAAGUUUAGUAAUUUUUGUGUGUUUUACUGGAAUUAGUCCAAUUUGCAUUUUCCUUAUAUACCUGCAGAGAAAAGAUGACGGAAAAUUAACUUUCACAGAUCUUCCGGAAGAAUGCAGACGUCAUAUCAUUACAACACUGCCAGAUCACAUGGACAUUUUACAUCUGGGUCAGACAAAUGCAUCAAACAAUCAUAUUGUCAAUGAUCAGUUGCUAUGGAAACAGAUGUGCUUCUUCCAUUUCAACAAACGACAGAUACUCAACUUUCAUAACCAGAAUGAUGAUGAAUCACACACAGACUGGAAGUAUAUCUAUAAAAGAUGCUACUUACGAUUUGGUAGAAGAGAAACAUACGCUGAUAUGCUGGCAAUAUGCCGCCAUUGUAACAACAUUUUCUGGCAGUCACUUGGCCAUCCCUGUGUCAGUGAUCUUCCACCUAAAUGUAAAGUCCUGAGCCCAGAAGAGUUUAUUGGACUGUUCCAGUUUUGAAAUCCAACUGCUGAACCAUCAAGUGGUAACCAUGUCAAAUUUCACCAAUAUUGGUAACCAUGUAAAAUUUCACCAAUAUUGGUAACCAUGUAAAAUUUCGCCAAUAAUGGUUACCAUAUAAAAUUUCGCCAAUAUUGGUAACCAUGUAAAAUUUCGCCAUAACAACACUAUGAAAUAGUGAGGAAUUCCACUACAAUGUUGACAAUAGAUCAUCCAUCAUACAUUAGUAAUUGACAGCGAACCAUACUGUACUGCUAAUAGUGAAUCAUGCAAAAAUAUGGACAGUGGGUCAUGGUGUAUCAGUUACUUUGA